AUGCUGGAGAGAGGCCAGGAGGAGCUCAGAGCCAAUAGCAGCACCUUGAACAGGGACAAGGACCAGCUACAGAGAGAAUACAGUGCAGUAUCUAAGAAACUCCUCUUAAUGGAGCAGAAGAGAGUGUGCACACCCUGUCCACAGGGCUGGAAGCAGUUUUCUUCCAAGUGUUACUACUUCUCCACUGAGGGGAAGAGCUGGAUGAACAGUCGCAGAGACUGCUUAAGACGGGGAGCUGACCUGGUGAUUAUAGAGAGUGACGAGGAGCAGGAGAUAGUUGUGGGGACAGGGGAUUAUAACUGGAUUGGACUGAGUGACUCAGAAACAGAGGGCACCUGGCUCUGGGUGGAUGGAAGCCCCCUGCAGAGAGGGUAA